AUAUAAUAUUCAAUCAUAAUAUAGUAUUAUAAUUUAUUAUUAUGUAUUGAAUAACUACGAAGUAUAACUAUUGAGUAAUAACUAUCAAAUAAUAUGGCAGUAUUAUACGAAAAAUACCAUGUUAUAAUGUCGUUGUGUCAUGCAUAGAUAAGGAAGUCAUGUCUUUAAAAUGAAAAAAACACUUAAUUAUCUUAUAUGUAUUUUAACUGAAAUAAUUGAUUUAUUCAAGAAUUAUUUUUAAUUAUAAAGAUACUGUUGCAAUGAUAAUUUAUUCAGUUAGGAAUAGAUAAAAAAUAAUGCAUAAAUGAAAUAAAUGUCAUAUAAAGUUUACAAAAAAAAUGGAAUAUACACUUAACAACAAUAUGAUUAGAAGACUACUUCGAUUAGCCGAUUUAGCUAUGGAUCGUCUAGAAAAUGGGCCAGCAUUUGUUCAUCUAUCAGUUUUAGUAGACAUUGCACCGAAUCUCAAAGAUAUUAUUAAACACAAAUUCAUUACAUGUUUGUGUUAUUAUGGAAAAGAGCUUGAAGACCAUAAAUGUUAUUCUGAUAUUUUUAAUUGUUAUGAAAAUGCUUUAAAACUAUUUCCAAAUAAUGAAAUAUUGCUCAAUAAUUUAGGAUCUCAUUUAAUUAGAUUAGGUUACAAUGAAGAAGGUCGACAUUUUGUUAUGAAAGCACUUGAUAUUAAUCAAUUUUAUUUACCAGCAAUAACUAAUAUUCAAAUUGUAAACAGUCGCUUUGUUGAACGUUGGCAUUAUAGAAUGUUAAAUGAUUCAAAACGUAAUUUAGCUUAUAAAAAAGCUAUUGGAGAUAGAAUAAAUCAAGGUCAUAAAACAGUAUUAGAUAUUGGAUGUGGAUCUCUUAUUUUAAGCUUAUAUGCAGCAGAAUAUCCAGUUGACAGAAUCUAUGCUUGUGAUUAUUCCGAAAUUAUGUCAAACAUUGCAUCUGAAGUUUUAACACAAAAUAGUUUACAUAAUUUAAUCAAAAUAUUUAAUAUGAACUCAAAUGAUAUGUGUAUUCCAGAUAAUAUUGAUGAACGAGUUUCUUUAGUUGUUACUGAAACUAUGGAUGCUGGUUUAUUUGGUGAACAUAUUCUCACUUCACUUAAGCAUGCUUGGGAUAAAUUACUUUUACCUCCAAAAUCAAAAGUCAAACCUGAACUACCACAUGGAUGUGUUAUUCCAUACCGCGCAACAGUGUAUGCAGUUCCUAUUCAAUGUUCUUAUAUUCGUAAGAGAAACCUAUUUUAUGGAAAAGAACAAUUAUAUUUUAAACAAUUUAAUUUAUGUUCUACUACCAAUGAACCCUAUGACUGUGAAAAAUUAAAUCAAUUGCCUGGAGAUUGUGUUUUCUUAGCUUCACCACAAGUAGUCAUGCAUAUUAAUUUUAAUGACCCAAAUCAAAUAAAUAAAUUAUUAAACUCUCAAAAUGUAAACAUGAAAAGUAUGAAGUACAGUAUAACUCAUUCAGGAAGUGUAGAUGCUAUUGUUUCUUGGUUUGUUGUUGAUUUGACGGAAGACAUAUCUAUUAAUACAAUUGAUAAUAAAAAUGAAAACUGUUGUUGGGAACAAGCAUUGUUUAUUUCCAAAAGUAAUAGAAGAGUUGAACAAGGAGAUAAACUCUGUGUGUUGUAUAAAUGGGAGGAUGAUCAUUAUGUUUUGAAAUUAAAUGAUGAAAUUAGCAACCCAAAAUUUAUACCAUUAGAAAAAGAAAUAAUUGCAUUUUUAAAUGAUAUUAAUCAGGUUGAAGGUUAUAUUAAAGCUGCUAAACAAUGGUAUAUUAAUAAUAAACAUCUUAAAAAUGUAAGAAUUUUGGAUACAUGUCCAUUUCCAAUUUUUGGCAUAGAAAUUCUUUCAUUAAUAACUUCUUCUACUAAUAGUAAUAUUGAUGUUGAAAUUUAUUACAUUGAUACAAAUUUGACUGAAGUGUUAAACAGUUUUAAAAACUCAAAUAAUUUUUGCUCAAAUAUCUUUUGUUUUGAUAAAAAGAAAAUGAAAAAGUUUGAUGUCAUUAUUGCUAAUUAUAUUAAUUUUUAUGGAGAAUUUAAUAUCAAUGUUAUUGAAAAUCAAAUAUAUUCAGAAAAAAUGUUAAAACCUAAUGGAAUUAUUUUGCCAGAAAAAAUUUCAAUAAAAUGUCAGUUAGUCAAUUCAAAAUGGUUGCCACGUGUUAGUAAAGUGAUUGAAAAUAAUGAUAGUUGUAAUCCUCAUAUUCGAGAUUUAAUAAAUGCAUAUAGUGUUAAUCAUCAUUUGGAUGUGUUCAAACAUUUAGUAACAGAUAUUUGUCUGUCAGAUUGUAUGACAUGUUUGACACUAUUACCAAAACAACUAUCUCAGGAAAUAUCAUUACCUUUAAGUAUACCUAUCAUAGCUAAUGGAAAAUUAAAUGCGAUCUUGUAUUACUUUGAAAUACUUAUUUAUAAAUGUAGUGUUUCUACAGCAAAUGAAAAUUCAUACGUUAAUCAGUGUGCUUUUCUUGUUGAAAAUACAAUAAAUGUUAAUCUAGGAAAUAAGAUUAAAAUAAAUACAAUGAUUAACAAUGGUCAUUUACUUUUAUCUGUAGACAAAUUAUAAUACAUAAACUAAUAAAUUAUAUUGUGUAGUUUUUAGUAAUAAUGUUAUUAUUUUGUUUACAGUAUAUUUGUAUUAUUUAGUAUAAAUUUGUAUAAUUACUGUUGGUUUGGGGUAUUUUAAAAUAUUUUUU